AUGCACGAAUCUAAGCCUUUUCUGUCUCAGGAGGCCUAUGUCUUUAACGAGGCUGAUACUACCAAGCUGAGGGCCAUGACCUACGCCGAACUCUUCCAACCCACCAUGGAUCCAGCUUUUCCAGCUCUUCCUCUCGAGUUACAGACCGCACCACCCGUCAAAGAACAGCUGCCAAGUCCCAGCAACAGCGAGUCGACCAUGUCUAUCACACGAGAUAUACUGCCGGCUCCCGCCGACCGCGCCUUGAUAGAGAGCACCGACCUGAUCGACCUGUUCUACAAGCAUUUCUAUCCUUCGCACCCCUUCAUCGUGCCUCGCAAGCUCUACGUCCAGAAUCCUGCCAUCCUGCCGGGUCCGCUCAAGGCAUGCAUGCGCUGGUUGGCAAGCCAUUACAUCCCUCAAGCCAACCAUGCCGCUCUUGAGAAUGCGGCAAAGGCCAUCUUUGCCCCCGAAGUCCCUGACGAUGGCUUCAAGGUGCAGGGCCUCCUUCUCUACGCCAUGACCUGCUUCGCUCGAUUCGGGCAGGGCGAGGGAUCCAUGGCCCUGGACAAAGCCAUCGAGAUCACACUGCGGAUUGGGCUCAAUCGGCAGAGCUAUGCUUUGCAGCAGUCGCCCAACGACUCAACAAUGCAAGAAUCAUGGCGCAGGACGUGGUGGACACUCCUGCUGAUUGAAGGCUUGGUCGUGGUCAUUGGGGGUCAAUCAUCCCCAUUCCGACUGUACUCGACCUACACAGAUGUGGCUUUACCCGGCCACGAUGAAGACUACAACGAGCUUCGAUCGCCGCCUAUAACCCGUACAAUUGCAGACCUCCGGAACAGGACCUUUUCAGAAGACACCUUCGAAUACUCGUCCUUUGCCUACUGCAUCGAAGGAGCGUAUCUCCUCGGCUCUGUGCUCGCCUUGAGCCCAGACACAUUUGCGGUGACAGAUCCUCAAGUUGAAGGCAUCGACGCCGCCAUUUCGAACCUCUUACUAUCCCUUCCUAUGGACAAGCGAGAAGUGGUCCGAAACGACGGUACCGUCGACGAGUGUCUUUUGAUCGCCCAUCUAGUUAUCCAUUGGGCUGCCAUCUGUCUGCACCGUCCGCGAUCAACCUUGACCUUCAUUCGCAACCACUAUCGCACGACAUGUACAAAGGCGGAGGCUGCUGGUCUUCCCGCACUGGCUUACACCUCACAUACUGCCAAAGCAUUACGAGCCGCAAAUGCCAUUACCAAUCUGGCAUCGAUCCAGACAGAUGUCAAGAUGUGCUCGCCGGUGCUGAUGUGCGGCUUGACCACUGCUGCAACAGUACACCUGCCGGCAUACGCAAUAGUGGACACACCGGAUCAGCUUGUGGCAAUCAAAGAACGGCUGCAGCUCGGCAUUUCGGCGCUUGGGUCAUUCGGUGAGGUCUGGCCGCGGGCCACCAUUGCCAAAGGACAAGUGGCCAAAUUCGCGCGCGAGGUCUUGACCAAGCCAAACGUUUACGUCGACAGCACAGUUCCUGGCAUGAUACCACGCGUCGCGGAACCUGUUCCUCAGCUAGAGUACCAAAUGCCUUUCAACAACGACUCGUGGAUGGACAACCUGAUUCAAGCAGAACAGGACGUUGAGGCACCGUCAUGCCCCGUUUUCGACACCUUUGCUAUGGCUCAAACUCAAAGCCGCUGA